CUCGUGAACGCGCUGCGGUGAUCCACCCGAUUCAUCUGCCUCGGAUCUCAUAUAAACCACGAUGUGUGUGUGUGCUGCGACUCUGCUGUGUGUGUUGGCUCUGAGCUCUGUGGCCAGCGGCAGCGUCGGCCUCAGUAACUCCAGUAGUUUCUGCUCUGAGUCUAAGGAAUGUCUUCAGUUCGAUCUGAUCUGCAGGACGGCCGAGUACGAGGUGCGUCAUUAUUCAGCCACGCGAUGGGUCUCCACUGAUGCUGAGGCCUAUUUUCUGGGGGUCGGAGCUGCCAUGGCCUUCAGACGACUCUAUCAUUAUAUAAACGGAGACAAUAAAGAAGGUGUGAAGUUUGAGAUGAUGGCUCCGGUGCUCGUUGAAGUUCCAGAGGAAGUUAAGAUGUGGGAACCGGCGAUCUACACCCUCAGCUUCCUGUUGCCGUCAGCCUAUCAGGAGCAUCCACCCACACCGACCAAUGACAAGCUGUAUUUCUCUGAUAUGGCCGACAUGGACGUGUACGUGAGGAGUUAUGGCGGCUGGAUGCUGUCAAUCACCUCUCGAGUCCACGCCCACCUGCUGACCCGAGCACUGAUCAGAGCCGACGCCCACUUCAAUAACACACACCAUUACGCUGUGGGCUACGACAGUCCGCUGAAGCUGUUGAACAGGCAUAAUGAGGUUUGGUUCGUGGUUGAAGGAGAGCCGGUGUGUGAACAGUAGAAAACAUCUGAACACACCGACACACACUAAACUGGUAACACACACGCACACACACACACAGAAUCACACAUAUACACAUAGAAAUGAGCACACACAACCACACAUAUAAAUAAUAAUACACACGUACAGGAAUACACACAAACACAAUCACACAUAUACACACACAAACACACAUAUAAGCUCAUGAAUACACGCACACACACACACAAUUACACAUACACAAAAUACACAAACAGAAAUGCACAUACACACACACUGAAUCACAAAGAUACACAGAAAUACACACAAAUACGCUCAUGAAUACACACACACACACAAUCACUCAUAAGCACAAUAGACACAUACAAAAAUACACACACACACUAAAUCGCACAGAUGGACAUAGAAAUACACACAAUCACACAUAUACGCUCAUGAAUACACACACACACACAAUCACAGAUAUACACACAUACAGAAAAGCCAAACACACUGAAUCACACAAAUACACAGAAAUUCCCACAUAUACGCUCAUGAAUACACACACACAUACAGAAACACACAAUUACAGAUGUACACAAUACACACAUACAGAAAUACACUAAAUCACACAUAUACAAACAAAAGUACACACACACACACACAUACAUUCAUACACACAAACAGUACCACUGGGAGUUGGUUCUGAAAAGAAUCAAUUCAAGAGCAUUAGGAGUCGAUUCAAAUGUUCAGAACAGAUUCCAUAAGGAGAAUCGACUCCUCAAAUGAAUCAUUUCAGCCUCUCCCAUUCUGUCACUAAUGAACAGAAUCACUUACUAACAACAACCAGACACUUUUCCAUGAACAGAUUCAAUUGAUUCAUUUCAAAGAAUCGAUUCAUUUUACCAAAUCCAUGAUUCACCUAUAAUGCUGUAUACUAUCUACCAGCUGAUGAUGGGAUGUCACACUGAACUGUCCAAAGAACAAACAAUGUAAGCGUCCAUAUUCAUAAUUAGUACCUUUCAUUCUUCAUUCAUUGAUGAUCAUUAAUGAAGUGCACGGCUUCAUUUCUCUACUAAUGCACUCAUAAGAGAUGGUAUAAUGCAUUAUAAAUGUGCUGGAACUGAGUUAUAGUCCCAACACGUGCGUUUGAGCUCCAAUAAAAGACGACAGGGUUUGAUCU